CUCGAGAGAUUCUGUUUUUGGUUGUUCUGUGUUAUGUCGCACCAACGUGGAAUCAGUGGUGGCCACAUCCAGGCUCCCUCCGGCCACAAGUUGACGACUCAGCAAAAAAGACUUCCAGCACGGGCGCCAUGGCACAAGCAAGGCGAGAAUUUGUACAAGUACUGUACACAGUUUUUGGACGAACUCUACAAAUAUCACACAUCGCAGCACUCGGAGGCGUUCAGUGCUCCGUACAAGAAGUCGGACCUUUUCAGCUAUGCACCCCCACGGGAAGAGGCCCGGCUAGGCGUAUCCAUUUGCGCUCGCUGUAGCAUUAACAGAAAAGUCUCACCAAUGGAAUCCACUGCGAAUUUAUAUUCCAAAUCCUUCUCACACCCCUCAAGACCAAGCAAGCAGCCGCCCAAGAUUUUGAAUGCCAAGCAGCCCUGGCAUCUUACCGGGUCGAUGCGGACCUUUCAGCCCAGCGAACGAUUACUGAAAUUGGCCUGCAGCACGACACCAUUCGUCCGGAAGGUCUACAAUCCCUUCGGUGUGCCUCAGCGGGCACUGACAUACAAAGCCACUGAGCGCAUUAACCUGCUGGCAGUGCCAAAAAAGAAAACACCGAUAGUCGAUGUAUCCCUGGAGACCCCAUCCCGACCGAUUCGAAAAAGACUGCUCGGCCAGCCAACUCCGCGCCUGAAGAACCUGGCCACGCCAAAGCUGCGGGAGGACGGCACGAUCAGGCGAAAGCCCUACACAGUACGACGUAGGGCAAUGAGGGCCAAGCUGACGCCGCGUCUGGAGAAACUGGCCCAGCCGAGGCAGCUGCGCAGCCGCAGCGGAAAAGAAAAAGAAAGUCUACCGGUCUAAUGGCAGUGCACAGUGCACUGGAAAUGGUGACAGGAUCACCAGGAUCCCGAUCCUUUCCAGUUCCCUGUGAGCUGUCAUUGUCCUGAUUGAGUAAUUGGGGAUAAAUAAACUUUUAAUCCUAAAUGAGA